AUGCAUUCUGAUCCUCCCAGAAAGCCCGGGAAGAAGGCGGACAAGAGGCUGUUUGACCCCGUGUCAUUCGGGAAGGACCUGCUGGCGGGCGGCAUCGCGGCCGCCGUGUCCAAGACUGCGGUGGCGCCCAUCGAGCGGGUGAAGCUGCUGCUGCAGGUGCAGGCCUCGUCCAAGCAGAUCCGCCCCGAGGCGCGCUACAAGGGCAUGCUGGACUGCCUGGUGCGGAUUCCCCGCGAGCAGGGUUUCUUAAGUUAUUGGCGUGGCAAUUUGGCAAAUGUUAUUCGGUAUUUUCCAACACAAGCUUUAAACUUCGCUUUUAAGGACAAAUACAAACAACUAUUCAUGUCUGGAGUUAAUAAAGAAAAACAGUUCUGGCGGUGGUUCUUGGCAAACCUGGCUUCUGGUGGAGCUGCAGGGGCAACAUCCUUAUGUGUAGUAUACCCACUGGAUUUUGCCCGAACUCGAUUAGGCGUCGACAUUGGGAAAGGUCCUGAGGAACGGCAGUUCAAGGGUUUAGGUGACUGUAUUAUGAAAAUAGCAAAAUCAGAUGGAAUUAUUGGUUUAUACCAAGGAUUUGGUGUUUCAGUUCAGGGCAUCAUUGUUUACCGAGCCUCUUAUUUUGGAGCUUAUGACACCGUUAAGGGCUUAUUACCAAAACCGAAGGAAACACCAUUUCUUAUCUCCUUUUUCAUUGCUCAAGUUGUGACUACAUGCUCUGGAAUACUCUCUUACCCCUUUGACACAGUUAGAAGACGUAUGAUGAUGCAGAGUGGCGAGUCUGAACGGCAGUAUAAAGGAACUUUAGACUGCUUUAUGAAAAUAUACCAAUUUGAAGGAGUCCCUGCAUUUUUUCGUGGUGCCUUCUCCAACGUCCUUCGUGGAACAGGAGGUGCUUUGGUUUUGGUUUUAUAUGAUAAAAUUAAAGAAUUCUUUAAUAUUGAUGUUGGAGGUGGUUCAUCAGGAGAUUAA